GCUGCACCGGGAGAGUGGAUUGCAGCUGGGUAUUCGGGCGAGGGGAUGGUGCAUGCAUGGUUGAGUGGGAAGGCGCUGGCAGAUAUGGUGUUGGGACGGGAAGUGGAGGGCAAGCUUGGGGAGUGGUUCCCGGAUAUUAUGAGAGUUACUGAGAAGAGGUGGAAGAAGGCAAAGGCAGAGAAUUUA